GAAUAGUUUUGAAUUUCCGUCACCAUGAUGAUGAUCGUAGAAAAGGGCAAAGCAAUGAAUGGAGGGCGAAUCCCGCAGGUGAAGUAAACGAGGAGAGAGAAAGUAUCCAUCUCUCUCUCUCUCUCUAUCCUAUCUGUCAACGCCUCCCCACUCACCUCCUCUUCAAUUUCUAGAGAGAUAAAACGAGGAAAAUCCCCCACAAAACCACCACACAGGAUCCUCCCGCCUGCCUGCAACUUCCUACUCCCACGCUCUCUACUGUCAAACAAAUCCCCACGUACAAUACAAAUCUCUCUCCCUCUCUGUUGACAUUCUUGAAAAGGAUAAAGGAGAGAAGAGAAGAAGGAAUGUUGCUGAAUUCCAAGCUACUGCAGAUCUUCUAAUCACUUACAUGAGAAAAGAAAACGGAGAUGGAUGAGGAUAUAUUUUCCGGCAUUGCCAAUGGAGCACAGGUUGAUGGCAAGGUUCUUCAGACAUUUCAGAAGAACAUUGUGCAGGUGCAGAACAUUUUGGACCAAAACAGGCUGCUGAUCAUUGAGAUUAACCAGAAUCACGAGUCAAAAGUCCCACGUAAUUUGACUCGAAAUGUGGGGUUAAUUCGAGAGCUUAACAACAACAUCAGAAGGGUUGUUGAUCUUUAUAACGAUCUCUCCAACUCAUUUGCCAAAUCCAUGGAGGUUUCGUCUGAAGGGGAGUCAGGUGGGACGACUAGGUCUGAUGGAAGAGCUGGACAUAAGAGGGUGCGAUCUAGUGAUUGAUCGUAUUUAGGGUUGUUUCAUUUGGAUUAACUGUUGCGGUUACUCAGUUUCUUGAAAAGUUUUUCUUGAUUUUUAACCCUCAUAAAAUGAGCAUUUUCUUGCAUAAAGGAAUGGUAGAUACAUCUUUCUUUGUAGUUUGCAGACCUUUCUUUCUUUUCUCGAGUACAAAAGUUUGGUUGGCCAGAAUGUAACAUGGCAGGUCUAGAUUUUUUUUUCUUUACAUCCAUAGGGUGAAUUGAACAAUCUUUUAGAUAAAAAGUGACCUAUGUUUACCAAUUUUUUGUUGAGUCAAUAUGCAUUUACAGAACUUUCUGUUCGAACUGAGGUUUCCUCGGCCCAAAAAUCAGCAAAAUUGCCAAGUCUUGAUGAAAUCCACUGCUUAUAGGCUCUGAUAGUAGUGUAUGAUUAAUAGUUUGAAGUGCAAGAAAUCUGCAGGACCCAUUCUUUAAUCUUCCACAAGAUCCAGAUUGUUGUACCACGUGCAACAAGUGCAAGAUCCAGAUCGUCAUACCAUGUGCAGCAAGUGCAUGAAGACCGGACUCAGGAAUGAAAAAGCAAAAGAUUUGCACUUGUUCAAUUGAGUUCUUUAAGAAAAAAUGCCAAGAUAUAGUAUAAAUUUCUGUUCAAAAUGCAGCCGGCAACAGUCAGAAUAAAUGACAUCUUAUUAAAGUGCAUCCCAGGAUAAACAAAUACAUAUAUGCACACUUUCUUCUCUUUUUGUGUUUCAUUUCUUAUCUCUGUCUCCUUGUCAAGCUCAACUCUUUUUAAUAACAUUCAUAUCCACC